GGCGAGGCACCGCCCCCGCGCGUGCGCCGUGAGCGCAGAUGCUCAGUGUCAGAGGGGCCGGAGGAGAUGGCGGAGUCCGGCGCGGAACCGGGCCCGGGCCGGCCCGUGGCUGGGGCGGCAGCGGCAACAAACAGCGAGCGGAGCGACGGCGGCGCGGGAGGGGAGGCCGCGGCUGCGUCGUCGCCCUCUUGCUCUUCGUCCUCCUCCCCCGCGGCCGUUGGCGGCGAGGGCGGGGAGGCGAAGGCGCUGAGCGCGGCGGAGUACGCGCGGCGCGUGCACCAGUGGCUCUGGGACUCCUACUGCGGCUACCUGAGCUGGCAGAGCUGCCUGCCCGCCCUGCUCGCCGCCGCCACCGCCGCCGGGCCUUCGUACGCCGCGGGCCCCGGCCGCGCUGCCCCGCCGCCGCCUCCCUCCUCCUCUGCCCCUCCCGGCCCCGCGCCGCCGGCGGCCGCCGCCUACUACAGCCCCUUCUACCUCUUCGCUCCGGCGGCAGCGCAUACGGCCACCGCCGGGCCGCCGCCCCGCGCCACCGCGGCCCCCGCCUGGCAGGCAGCGGCGGGCAGGUUGGCCCCGCCGCCCAGGGCCGCCUCCAGCAGCGCCGCCGGCACCGGCGGUGCCCCCCGCGAGGCGGCGCGGCCGGCAGGUCGAGAGUUCAUUAUCCCUUCAUUGGCACACAGAUUUAUAGCAGAGAUGGUGGAUUUUUUUAUUCUGUUCUUUAUAAAGGCAACCAUUGUUUUAAGUAUUAUGCAUCUCAGUGGAAUAAAGGACAUCUCUAAAUUUGCUAUGCAUUACAUAAUAGAAGAAAUAGAUGAAGAUACAUCCAUGGAAGAUCUUCAGAAAAUGAUGAUCGUAGCUCUUAUCUACAGAUUGUUAGUCUGCUUCUAUGAGAUUAUCUGUAUCUGGGGAGCAGGUGGAGCAACCCCAGGGAAAUUUUUACUUGGACUACGAGUUGUGACAUGUGAUACAUCUGUACUUAUUGCACCAAGCCGUGUAUUAGUGAUUCCGUCCUCUAAUGUCAGUAUGACAACGUCUACAAUACGAGCUUUGAUCAAGAAUUUUUCUAUUGCUUCGUUUUUCCCUGCAUUUAUCACACUGCUGUUUUUUCAGCAUAACAGAACAGCCUAUGAUAUUGUAGCAGGAACUAUUGUGGUAAGAAGAAAUGGCAUCAGAUGAUACCAAAAGAUGACAGAUUUCCAGACUGUUUUUGAACCUUCCCUCCCUCCACAAAAAAACCCAAAAAACAAAAAAAAACAGAAAAGCAACCCAAACCUGAAAUUCAGAUGACUAUCAGAAUCUUUUGCCCAUAUUAAAUGGGAGCUGAUUCAGAAGUGAAAGAAAAUGUGUUGCUCCAGUGUGAUGCCAGCAACUACCUUGAAAGUAUUGGAUUUUUUUCAUAAAUGCCAAAGAAGUUUGAGAGAAACAAUACUUGUUAAAUCUAGAAGUAUUACCCUUAGAUUGACAAGAACGAAAGUGGCUGCAUUAACUGCAGAAAAGAUGCUUUUCUGUUCAUCAGUCUAUGGAAAGUGGAUACUUAGAAAUACUCCACCUUAAAAGAAAUGUUCCUACAAUUUUCUGGUGUUGACAGGUAAUUAGAAAAUUGUUUUUCAGGCAGUUGCCUAAAUCCUAUGACAAACUCUGAGCAGAAGGGAACUGCAGUAUUAGACAGCAAGGCAAAACUACAUCUAAUCAUGUUCAUUAAAUUGCCAAAUGUGUAGAAAGAAAGAUGAGCAGUGUUUAUCAUUUCCCUUAAGAUAUUACUACUUCAUAGAUCAUAUUCCUUCACCUCUUUUCAGGUAUUUUAUCUGAACAUUCAUGUGACAAGUUUUUUGCAUGAGUAUAUCUUAAGCAUUGUCAUUUAUUUCACAUGUCUGAGCUAAUAAAGAGGUGAAAUAGCAACUGCUUUUUCUGUGGAAGGGUAUGUUACACUGCAGUGUUAGUGAAUUGGCGUGUAUAUAAUUUUUGAAGCUAUGAACAGUACAGAUCACGCUAAUAAAAGGUAACUUUCCUGCUUCUGUUUGGAGUGAAAGUACUUGUCUAUUUCUUGCAUAUAAGACCAAGCAAAACAAUUGAGUGAGUUUCAGGAGCAUGCAGAAAAUAUUAACCAGAAUAUGUUAUGGGUGUAAAUCUACAUAAGUACAAAUACUGGUUACUUUCACUUUAUAUUCUAUAAGUCUGCCUAAUUGUUUGUACAUUCAGAAUAACUUGAAUAAAGAAGCCUAAUAUUUUGCAUGAUUA